UAUUACAUUUUUCCAAAUAUGACCUCAUGAUAUGUAUACAAGAAUGACCUCUUAAAAAUUAAUCUAAUGUAAUCAGUGUCAUUGAUGUCUUUUAUGUCUAAUAAUUCUAAUAUUCGACCUUUUUAAAUGACCUCAAGGUUAAAUGGUAUAUAAAAAAUUUAAUACGCAAUUACGCAUGCGUAUAAUAAAGACGUACUCCGUCAAAGAGAGUUUCGCAUUUGGCGCGCUGAUAAGUCGAGGUUGGUCACGAUGAAAUUAUUUCUCUCAUUAGUCGUCAGUCAGUUAUCAAACAUUGUUUGCGUUAACUAUUACUGCUACUUCUUUACCUAUAUCGAAAAUGUCUAGUGAUAAACAGAAUAAUAUUAGAGUAAUGGCUCGUCAAAAUGGAAUUGUUCAACCCCUAUUAACUGAUUUGUACCAGAUUACAAUGGCAUAUGCUUAUUGGAAGUCAGGGAAAAUUAAUGAUACAGCUGUCUUUGAUUUGUUUUUUCGUACAAAUCCAUUUCAAGGAGAGUUUACAGUUUUUGCUGGUCUUGAAGAAUGUUUAAAGUUCUUUGAAAACUUUCAUUAUUCAGACAGUGACAUAGAAUAUUUAAAAGAAACAUUACCCCCAACUAUUGAACCUGAAUUUUAUGAUUAUCUUAAGGAUUUAACAUGUAAGGACAUUAAAUUAAGUGCAAUUGAAGAAGGUUCAGUUGUUUUCCCCAGAGUACCCCUCUUAAGAGUGGAAGGACCGUUGAUAAUUGCGCAACUGUUGGAAACGACGCUGUUGACUCUAGUUAACUUCGCAAGUCUCAUGGCGACAAAUGCAGCGAGGUAUCGCAUGGUCGCCGGCAAAAACGUCUCACUGCUCGAAUUUGGUUUGCGAAGGGCCCAAGGACCGGAUGGCGGCCUCUCAGCCUCUAAAUAUUCAUAUAUUGGCGGCUUCGACGGGACGAGCAACGUGCUAGCGGGCAAGAUGUUCAAGAUCCCGGUGCGCGGCACGCACGCGCACUCGUUCGUGACGUCGUACGGCUCGCUGGCGGACGUGCGCUCGCGCCAGCUGGGCGGCCGCGACUUCCUGGGCGCCGCGCUGGCGGGCCGCGCCGCCGCCGCGCGCGCGCUGGCCGCGGCGCCCGCCGAGGCCAGCGACGGCGAGCUGGCCGCGCUCGUGUCCUACGCCCAGGCCUUCCCCUCCGGCUUCCUCGCCCUCGUCGACACCUACGACGUCAAGAGGUAUAGCCCCCGGGCCCGCCGGAACGGCCGCGCCGGCUACAAUAGCAACUGUGGAUCCAAUGCUCGUAGUAUUCGCGACCUCUCGCCCGCCCGUGGCGCGCGCGGAUGUAGCACGUCCGAAAGCACAGUGAGGAGUGGCCUUUUAAAUUUCUGCGGAGUAGCGAUAGCUCUAAACGAAUGUGGAUACAGAGCGGUCGGGAUUCGCAUUGACAGCGGUGACUUAGCUUACUUGUCAGUACUGGCCAGGGAAACUUUCAACCGAGUUGCAAAGGAGUUAGACCUGCCAUGGUUCUCUAAAUUGACGAUUGUUGCAUCGAAUGAUAUUAACGAAGAAACAAUAUUGAGCCUUAACGAACAAGGACACUCCAUCGACUGUUUUGGAAUUGGCACACACUUAGUUACUUGUCAGCGUCAGCCAGCCUUGGGUUGUGUGUACAAAUUAGUUGAGAUAAAUGGUCAGCCUCGAAUUAAACUCAGUCAAGAUGUCGGCAAAGUGACGAUUCCUGGUCAUAAAGAGGCUUAUAGAUUAUUCGGGGCAGACGGACACGCUUUGAUAGAUUUACUGCAGCGCUCAUCAGAACCGGCGCCUGAAGUCGGUCAGAAAGUUUUGUGCCGACACCCCUUCCAGGAAUCGAAACGUGCCUACGUGAUACCCAGUAAAGUGGAACAUCUUUAUAAGGUGUACUGGAAUGAAGGACGCGUAUGUGUGGCUCCUAAACCCUUAUCAGAAGUACGGGACCGAGUACAGUCAUCGUUGAAAACGUUACGACAGGAUAUUAAAAGAAAUUUAAAUCCUACGCCGUACAAGGUGGCUGUAAGCGACAAUCUCUAUAACUUCAUACACGACCUGUGGCUACAAAAUGCACCUAUUGGCGAAUUGUUUUAAUGGGGUUAAUGAUAUAAUUUUUAUUAUAUGCUUGAAAUAUGCAUUUAUAUAUAUAUAUGACUGCACGAUGUAAUUAAGUAUGGGAAAUUGAGGUGUCUGGAAACACAAACACUUUAUUACUGACUAAUGUCAUAAAAAACUAAUUUUAUUGUUCCUGUAUUCAAUAAAAUUAUUACAGGAUGAAAAUUAAUAUUCCUGUAUUACAGGAAAAUUUUAUUUUUUCGUCACUACACAUAUGUAUCUUGAAUAAGAUACAUAAAAAUAAAUAAACUACGUUAAUGUACUAUGUUAUGCGGCUUACCGCGUAUGAAUGGAGUGCACUGCACAGAAUGUUAGCUUUAAAUAUACAUAAUGUGUAGAAUGGACGUAACGACGUUUAAAAGAAUACUUUGAGAAAAUUGGAAAAUUCAUAAUUGAUUCCACAUUAGUUUUGUAAUUUUUAAAUGUGUCAGACACGUUUGUAAUCUACAAAGAGCAAAAUUAUAUUUUUUGAGUGGAAGGUACGUCAACGAAUUUGGUCCUGUUAAAUAAUUUUUAAUAGAAAUUAGUAAAUCCUCCAAUAAAUAUGUAUGUGGUGUCUAUAUACUCACUCUGCAGGAAAUACAAAACUGUACUAACAAAUUCAUUUAUUUAUUUCUCAGUAAGGUUUGCCCUAACCUUUCAUAUUUUGUGACAAAAUGUGACGUAAUUUAUAGAUAUAGCUUAAAAUCCGAUAUAAUAAAUUAUCUAUCUGUGAUAACUUAUCCAAACAAAAACUACACCGGCGUUGCGAUAGCCUUAACAUGUUUGCUAGUCAAAAUUGUUUCAAAAGUAUGCUAUUAAAUAAUCAGUCGCCGUUAUAUAUGUAUUAUAUACAAGUUAUAGUAUUUUUAUGUAAUAUAUAGAACUAUAGAGCAUAACCUAUUUUUGCAGUUUUAAUAUAAAAUAUUUGUAUUCGAUACUUUUUGUUAUUAAAACUGUACCAGAUAAGAUAAUCAGUAUUAAUUGUUUAAUUAAAUAUCUUAUCUCCCAGCAGUUUUUGAUGCUAGCGAUAGAAUUUGGUACAAUUUGUAAGCAGAAUAUGUCAAGAUUCUCUAACCCUCACACAUAGUUGAAAACAUAGUUGUAGAUAUUAGAUUCACAAAUUUAAAGUAAGUAGCAUUUACAAUUAAAUGGAAUUAUAGUGAAACAGCACAAGAUUUUAUGACUUACGGUCUGACAAUGUAUACAACAAAAGUGAAGAAAUGUUAUCACUGGACUACAUGGAAUCAUUGGAACUAAAAUAGAACAACUAUUCAUUAAUAUAUUAUUAACUUUUUUAAAGUUUCUAUAAACUGAAUUUUCAGUUACUAGGUUUUAUGCCAAUAUUUAUAUAUUUUUAAAUACUUUAGAAUCUAAUGUUAUUUUAAUGUUUAGUGUAAUUUCGUAACAGACCAUAUGAAAACGAUAUAUUAAAAAAAAAGAUAUGUAUUCUAUUAUACAAAGGGAUUUUUGGACACAGCUCCUUAAAAUUUAUUAACCGUGAUUUAUAUUUAGCAAUUUAUUUUCUAUUUAUAGUUAGCUUCGUUUAAAAUAUAUUUCGACACACGACAGUUGAAUCUGACUUAAUUUUUUGAAAUUUUCAUGGCGACAUUAGUUAUAGUGGAUUGUAUUGCGGUAAAACACUAAACUUUUUUAUCCAUUUUGGACUUUAAUUUUGCUUAAAAUAUACAUAAAAUCAUUGGUUAACGAAAAAAAAAAUUUUUUUUUAAAACCACCACCUAUAUUGUAUUGAAGAAGCCGUGAGAUAAAAGGUAAACAAAGCAUAAAACGGGUACUUUAAAGGUCGCGAUUGAUGAAGUAAAUAUAUGGUAUUAAAAAAACUACGGGAGUAAUACUGUGACAACACUAAAUGAUAUUUUAGAACGAUAUUUGUAGAACUUAUGUAAACCAUUCAGACUUAUUUGAACUCGAACAUCAUAAAUGCCUGAAAUUAUUUUCUUAAUUUGAAUCAAUAAUUUAUUAAAUCACCAUACAUGUAAAAACACCCGAAAAAAACCCAAAUUAAUAGCUUAUAAGGCUAACGUAGAAUUUUUUAAAUAAUUUUUAUUAAUUUUCCGCGCUUUUCAGAUUCAACUUGUAUGUGCCGAUAAUGUAUGUUGUGUCUGUGAGGUACAUACAGGUGGAACCGAAAAGAGCAAUAGGCCCGAGACUAUUUGCCACCCAUUGUUAAUCAUAAUUUUUCAAUAUAGUUUUCUACUUAGUUAUAAUUAAUUAAUUUAGUAUAUAAGUAUUUAAAAUUAAGGAGAAAAUAAAUAUGAACGAAUAAAUAGAUCGAUUCUCAAA